AUGCCACCUUCGCAUGAACCCAAGCCUUCGCAAUCUCCUGUGCCACCUUCGCAUGAACCCGAGCCUUCGCAAUCUACAGUGCCACCUUCCCAACCGGAGCCCGCAAACACAGUGAAUACACAGGACUGCUACUUCUAUUAUUUGCCUUUACUUUACACGUGUUACAGGAUCGAGCUAGAUGGUUUGGGGUUUCUGCUUUCUUUAUAUAACAUAGAUUCUUCUCUAUUCUUGUCACUAGUCACUAGUCUUUCGCAGGAUCUACAGCCAUCCUUGAUUGCCGCCAGUGGUGGGAACCUGGUUUCUACUGGUGAGCUCGUACCCUUCAGUUCUGGUGUUGCCCCAGCAGCGAAGCCGGGCAAGGGCAAGGGGGGCACUUUGCCAGAUGGCAAAGGCAAUGGCACCGGGGCUGGACCACCCAGUGGGCAUCAUGAGCAUGCUCCGAACAUGGUGUGGGCCCAGGGCCCUGACGAAGCGCCAAUGCUGGCAGUGGAGAUGGAGUUCGAUGAUGAGGACAGCAGUGCCCCUGAACCCCCGAAAGAGUUGCCGGAUAUCUCUGAGGGGGCGAUUUACAAACGCAUGUGGCGACUGUUUCGCCCCCGAGCCGACGGCAGCUAUCUGGUUCCAGAGUGUGUCGUUCACGAAUACCAGAACAAAGAGACGAGACCAGGUGUCGUCCGGGCUUUCGAACGGUGCGGGUAUGACGUCGCAAAGUUCGUCAAGAAGGUCAAGAAGACCGUGGAAGAUGAGGAGGAGGUGGCGAUUAACGAAGAUUGGGAGUUCCUGACCGAGGAGGAGAUGCCAAACUGCAAGUCCCAUUGCUACAGGAAAACACACCGGUCCCUCGUCGCCCGGAUGGUCGAGGCCGAAGAGGAGGGCACCAUCGAGGACCAGGACUUGGUUAUGGAUUGGAGCAGGAUGGAUAUGCAAGGUGCUGACAGCAGCCUUCCAGCUCAGAGUCAGAAUGGCUCGAUUUCCUUGGAAGGGCUUGAUAAGAAGAUCUUACAGUGCUUCCCAGACCUGGAGAAGGUUCCAGCCUCCUCGAUCGCAAAGAAUGUGAGAGCAGCCAGAACAGAAGGUCACGAUGCCUUGGGUGCCAAGUUUUCCAGGGCGAUGGCCGAGGGCAAUGCUUCUAGAGAUGUUCAUGACAUGUUGAGUACUUUCAACUUGGGGCUUCGGGUGCCAAGGGAGUCAAUCACUUUUAUUGCAGGGACUGGUGAGAAACCAAUCCACUUGCCUUGGAUUCGGCCUAGCCAAUGGGUUGCUUACUUGGUGGGAAAGUGUCCAGCUUUGAUGUUUGGCACUUCAAAACAAAUUCCUCAGCAGCUCGAGGGAUUUUGGGAGAGUUACCGAGAGUCUCACCCGGGACACCAAGUGUUUUCCUUUAGCAGCUCUAGACUACGUCGUACAAUUCCUCUCCUCCUACACGGUGAUGAAGGCAGGUAUUUGAAACGGUCGAACUAUCUGAUCAUGACAGUAGAGAGCUGCCUAGGCUCCGUCCCCCAGCCCAAGCAAAGUUGCAGUUGCAAGGAUGACCCUGUUCUGUCUCGCUACACUGAUUUAGAUGUGGAGCCAAAUCCGAAAAGAACGCGGGCAUCCAUGCAACACUGCAAUUCGAGAGGCCACCCCUACCUGUCCAAGUUUCUGUGUUGUGGUAUGGCUAGCUCAGAGUACAAAGAACACCCGGACCUGAUGUUUGAAGCUUUUCGUUUGAUCGCGGAAGACUUGGAAGUUCUUUGCACCGAUGGAGUAGAAAUCCCGGGCCACGGGUGCUACUACGGAGGUUUCUUAGGCCUGAAGGGAGACAUGGCAUUUCAUCACAAACUCGGGCACUUGCUAAGAUCUUACCGUAAUUUGGGCCGGGACCAGGACAUUCCGAUGUGCCACUUGUGUUUAGCAGGAAGCGAAAAUGUCCCUUUCGAAAGUGUCGAAGACACGCCGCCUUGGCAUGAGACCUAUUGUGUUUCAGAUCCGUGGCCGGAGGACGACCCGCCAGACAUCGCCAACAUCCCGUUCGAUCCGUUGUGUCGGCCGGCUAUGUUUCGCUUGGACGUGUUUCACCUUUGGAAGGUGGGUCUCGGCCGAGACCUCGUGGGAAGUGGGGUAGUCGUUCUGUGCCUUUUAGGGUACUUUGACUUUCAAGAUGAUUGCACCAAGAACCUAGACGAUCGCCUCGCCCGAGCCCACUCAUGCUUCCGUCUUUGGUGCCUAGGAUCACAUUGCACUGCGGCCCUUCGGUCCUUUACACGAUUAAACUUCAACUGCAAAACUCUGGAUUUUUUUCCUUGGGCCAAUGUCAAGGGAUCCGACUGCACUUUACUUUCGAAGUGGCUUCUUUUCUUCCUUCGUGCCCAAGUGAAGCCAAAGCAAACACACAGACGAUUGCUCCGAGCACUGCAAGAUACAUUGCAAUCGUCCAUAACCUUUUUCACGAUUCUCCACAGUCACGGGCUUUGGCUUCCCCGCCAUUGUGCUCAGCGAGCCCAGCAUGCAUUGUCGACAACAAUCCGAGGUUUUAUGUAUUGUGCCAUUUCAGCCAAGACAAUGCAAAUCAGAGCCUUUGGCCUCAAGCCUAAGUUUCACAGCUUGCAUCAUGUCAGUAAGGACAUGUUGGAAGCUUUGAGGGGCGGUGCUGAACGGGUUAUUUCACCAUUGGCUUACUCGUGCGAAAGCAACGAAGACAUGGUUGGCAAAAUCUCCCGUUUGGCCCGGAAAGUUUCUGCACGCCUAGUAAACAAACGUGUUUACGACAGGCUCAUGUUUAAAACCAAGGUGCUUCUUCGUAGGGCUGGCUUCUUGAAGCGGCAGCGGAAGCCAUCGAAGCCACAGCCAUAA